AGUCUACAGAGCCUAGAGGAGCCUAGCUCUGAUCUGAGUCUCGGGCAAUUCUGCACAGCCCAGGACAACAACUUGAUUGCAAGCCUUGUUGCGUCGCCUUUUUGCGCCUCUUCAAAGUUUUCUGGUUCCAGGAGAUCCAGCUGGUUUGGAGCUUUCUGCAAAGCAAGAAGCAAGUGGAGCUUGCAAAUAGAUUCUGUUGGGAAACCAGCGCUUGUUUGUGAAAGUCUAGAGGUCGUGAGAGUGAUUCGAGAUUUGUGUAGCUGUUCUUCUUUCAGGAGGCAUCCCCAUUAAUACCUAUUUGCGCAAGUAACUUAGUUUACAAUUUCAAGUGAGCUGCCCCUUCCGUCCUAUUUUGCUUUUUGACAAAGCAAACUCAUUGCACACAGAGGGUGAGUAGCAACCAAAGAGCUCCGUUCCACCCUGAGAGGAUGGCCAUGAUUGCAGCAGUUGGUUCUGCUGCCGGCAAGUCCAUCGCCAGCUUCAGCCGACCAGCCAGGGGUCACCAGCAAAAGGGCCGCCCUUGCUGCUGUUUCAUAGACAAAAGCUUCUUGAAGCAUGUAGAAAGUAAAGCUGCUCCUGCCAAGCACAACUUCAGAGGAAGGAAGGGCGAGGUUGCCAUGGUUGCAGAGUUGACGCGGACCGACGUCCAGGCCCCACCACCGGCCGCCCGCCACGUCAGCAGAAAGAUCUCUUCCGCCGCCAGCAAGGCGCACAGCCUGACAGCAGAGCGGUUGGAGAUUGUGCAGUCCUUGGAUCAGUGGGCGGAGGAUGCGCUGCUGCCGCUGUUGAAGGACCCUAACACAAACUGGCAGCCUCAGGACUACCUCCCCGUCUCGUCCGACGAAGACUUCAUCGACCGCGUGCGCGAGCUCCGCGAGCGCUCCGCCGGGCUCUCUGACGACUACCUGGUUUGCCUGGUCGGGGAUACGAUCACCGAGGAAGCGCUCCCGACCUACCAGACCAUGCUUAACACUUUGGACGGCACUCGGGAUGAGACCGGUGCGUCCCCAACCCCCUGGGGCAUUUGGACCCGCGCAUGGACGGCUGAGGAGAACCGGCACGGGGAUCUGCUGCAUACGUAUCUGUACCUGACGGGGAGAGUGGACAUGAAGGCGGUGCAGAAAACGACGCAGUACCUCAUCGGGUCCGGCAUGGACCCCAAGACCGAGAACAACCCGUACUUGGGCUUCCUCUACACGUCAUUCCAGGAGCGCGCCACGUUCAUUUCCCACGGCAACACCGCGCGGCACGCCAAGGCCCUCGGCGACGAGCAGCUCGGCAAGAUCUGCGGGAUCAUUGCAGCGGAUGAGAAGCGGCACGAGAAGGCCUACUGCAGGAUCGUGGAGAAGCUGUAUGAGCUGGACCCCGACGGCGCCAUGCUGGCGUUUGCGGACAUGAUGAAGAAGCAGAUUGUGAUGCCCGCGCACCUCAUGUACGACGGCGAGAGCGACACGCUCUUUAAGGACUUCUCCGAGGUGGCCCAAAGAACAGGGGUCUACACGGCUGCCGACUACGCUGACAUCAUGCAACACCUGGUGAACCUAUGGCGGGUGGAGCACCGCACCAACCUGAGCCCCGAGGCGCAGGCGGCGCAAGAAUACGUGUGCAAGCUGCCCGAGCGGGUGCGUAAGUUGGGGGAGAGGGCGGCGGCCAAGGCGAAGAAGACGCCCCAGCAACAUGCCAAGUUCAGUUGGAUCUUCAACCGGGAGGUUGCGCUGUUGUAGGCUGAGCACAAUCGUGCUUACCAGAUUCUUUUGUACAUUCCCUGCCCUCCGUGUAAGCGAGCAUCGCCGUAUCUACACUGCCUGAUGCGCGCUUGAAAUGGCCGCUCGAGUGAAGUUGUUGUGACUGUAAGACAUUUCGUAUUAGGUUGUCGCAUUGAGGCUGAAUCGCGUUAGCUAGGAUUAGACGGAGUACUUCAAGAUCGUAGUAGAGUUGCACAGAUCUCAAAAGGCGAUUGCCUCAGACGAUGCGCUACUAGAUUGCUUAGCGGUUUGUGUACAUGUUUGAAUCGUGCAACUAUGCGAUGCACGUUUUCCUUAAUUGCCUCCUGCGCUAAUUCCAGAUUGUCCGACUCAAUCAUGCGGCCAA